CGGUGUUUGUAAAAGGCGGAGACAUUGAUAAAAACAAGUUCUAAACAAUGUAGCGGGUCUAUUAACCAGAUAUAUGUAGUAGUGAUUUCCACAAUCUUCAUUUUCUCUCACAAGUCCUGCCGUGAACGACACCAAAAACCCUAACGCCCACAAUGAGGAACAUCGCAAUUUGUCUCUGCUUUAUCUCGGCUUUGGGGUUCAACGUGAAUGCUCAGACGGAAUGUGACGUAAAUAGAAUGAUGAUGUGUGGCCAAUUUCUGGCAAAUAUCGGCAGCAGUACAGCUUUACUGGAACAAUGCAGGUUCUACGAGGAAUACAAGGCGUGUGUGCUUGGUGUAGUGGGAUGUGACGGUGCAAACACCAUCGCCCAGUCGGAGGCACAACUGGCUCAAGCUGGAAUCGACAUGAAGCUAUUGUGUCCUGUCGUUGUCGCAAGCACAAGAGGCCCUGAAGACGGCACCAAAUUUCCGAGUCAAUGUAACAUCGUCGACAUCUACAACUGUGGCCACAUCCUGGCUCAGGAGGUUCAACAGGCUCGCGGUGACGACGAGAAAGUAUGCCAAGCUGCCACCAAGUAUGUUACAUGUCUCAACAAGCUGACAUCGUGUAUAAACGACCCGGCCUUCACACAAGCCAGACAGACGUUGGAAGAAAUGAAUCUGAAGGAUAUAUGUGCACAAGCGAUUGCAUACCCGUCAAGUUCCCCAAGUUUCCAUGGCAACACUAUUGCCAGCAUAAUAUCUAUGUCGCUGUUAUUCUGCUUCUGGAUGUUGAAACGCAACUGAGGCAUGUAAUGAGAACAAACAACACUUUGUGAACUGAUGAUAUAAUAAAGCUAUAAUAAGAGCA